AUGUCAUCAAGAGCUAGCGAGGAGAGUUAUCUCUCACCAAAACCAUGGAGAUCCGGGGAUCCUUGGGGAUCGGGAACGACACUGCCAGGCACUUAUCCGCCCUCGCCCGAACCAAAUGAAGCUGAUCGGUCUGGGCCUCAAUCACUAUCAGCCGCCGUCAAGGCUCGAAAGGAUGAGUAUAUCCGGAAGAAGUCGAUGAAAAUCAAAGUCGGUACUUGGAAUGUUGCUGCACUCAGUGGAACUGAUAAGGACCUGGGCGCCUGGUUUGUUGGUGGAUGUGGUGUCAAGGGCCUCUCGCAGAACUUAUCAGGCCUUUCGGUCGAUGACAGUGAUGACGACUCUGACAGUGACAAGACCGUCGAGUCCGUCGAGGCCCAAGAGGAACGUGUGGCAAGGACAAGGAAGAGUGUUACCGUACCACUGCACGAUGGUCCGGCAGAGGCCCACCACGAGCAGAUCGACCUGUACGUGCUAGGACUACAGGAAGUCAUCGACGUGACUUCCAUGACCGAAGCCAUCAAACCUUACACAGACCCCAACCCUGCGAAGAAGUGGAAGAAGUCAUUGCGAAGAGCUCUGCCAAAGGGUUACAAGAAAGUAGCCGAAGAACAACUCUUUGGCUUGCUUCUCCUCAUCUUUGCUUCCCCGGAACUAGCGCCCAGUAUUACUUCAGUCAGUACGACGUCGGUCGGAACUGGUCUGAUGGGUUACUUCGGCAAUAAAGGUGCUGUGGCCGCGAGGAUCGUGGUUGCAGAGGCCACCAAACUCUGCUUUAUCAACUGUCAUCUGGCCGCUGGCGCGGACCAAGCAGCUUUGGCUCGCCGGAUCUGGGAUACCAGUCAGAUUUUGAGCAAAACCCGCUUUUCUCCGAUCACAGACAGUGAGGUCAUUGAGCCCAAGGAGGAAAGGAUUGGAGACGAGGACUUUGCAUUCUGGUUUGGCGACCUCAACUAUCGCCUGGACGACAUUCCCGGUCAGGACGUCAGGAGAUUGCUUUUGCUGCACACACAGAACGAGUACGACGUCCAAAACAAGUCGAAGCGCAAGAUCGACAGUGAGCUGGGUUACAUAUCUGCCUCGACAAGCGACUCGCAACUGCCAGCUCCGCAUCCACGUUACGAAUACAAGGAUGCAGAAAGACCAGCUAGCGAAAGCACCGCCGAACCAGAACUAGACCCCAAAUCUGACCCUGCUUCUCUCCAUACCACUCUUCAGUCUUUGCUGGCACACGAUCAACUGCGCGCGCAACAAAGGCUAGGCAAGGCAUUCCACGAAGGAUGGCGGGAAGGAGACAUAAAUUUCUUGCCCACAUACAAAUAUGAUGUGGGUAGUGUUGGGAUGUUCGACUCGGGAGACAAGAAGAGAAGCCCUAGCUGGUGCGACCGGAUUCUGUACAGAACUCGCCGUGACAAGGACAUAUAUGAGGAGAGGGCCAGACAGCGCGAAGAAGCUCGUAAGAAGGAUGCUUCGAUGAGGGCCCGCGGGAUCGACGAGGCCAAUGCAGAGCACGACGUCCUAUUCGACUACGAUCCUGAUACAGAUGGGCUUGCGUAUGGUGAUGACUGCGACGAAUACGACGAGACACAAGAUGUGCUUCACGAUGCAGAACUUGUACAGUCGCACGAGGAAUAUGGAGACAUGGUUGAGCUCAACAACUACAUCUCACACCAACGGAUACUGUCAUCAGACCACAAGCCACUGAACGCGGUCUUCACCAUAUUGUACGACGCCGUUAUACCAGAAUUGAAGGCAAAAGUACACCAGGAUGUUGCGAAACAGUUGGACAAGGCAGAGAACGAGGGCCGUCCGUCGGUAACAGUGGUAGUGGACAAUCAUUCCGAAGAGCCAAUACCAAACGCUGACGGUCCGGCAGACAUGAAUGUCGUACACUUUGGUGAGGUGCGUUAUGGUGUUAGGAAGACGAGAAUGGUCACCAUAGCGAACACGGGGCAAAUCAACGCCACGUUUUCUUUUGUGGAACGCCCACCAGAACCUGGCAGAGGUGUGCAUGCUGUACCGAGAUGGCUCGAACUCAGCGUCGAACCUGGCACUAUUCAUCCAUCCGAGCGUGGUGAGCACAACGGCACACGUGAAAUCGUCCUGUCCCCGGGUGAAACCACUGUUAUUGACCUGACUAUUGACAUCUGGGAUGGCGAGUUGGUACACGACUUGAAUGAGGGAGAGGCAGACCUCGAAGAUGUGCUUGUACUCCGAGUCGAGAAUGGUCGAGAUCACUUCAUACCCGUCAAAGGCACAUGGCUUCAGUCAUCGUUUUACCGUACGCUGGAUGAAUUGGUGCUAGCCCCUGAAGGCGGUGCCCGGCAGUUCCGACAGCACCAAAAAGCGAAUGGCUCAGUAAGCGACACAGAAACCACAAAUUCAGCUGCACAUCACUCGGCACCCAAGGAACUGUAUACACUCACCGAGAUUCUUCCCAUUUACAUUGAGCGUUCGGCAGCUGAAUGGGGGAUGUUACACGAAGGGGAAACGCCGCCGUGGCAACGUGAGAAUGGAGGAGCGUCUUGGCCUUUCGGCCGUGACACUUGGACCUUGCCCGAAGGCGAAGAACGGUCUGAAAUGUUGGCCGGAGUCAGGGAAGCAUUGGACACGGCAAAUCGGUUGGACAUGAAUUUCAACCUCGACAUACCGAGCAUUGUUCGACUGGAAGUGCUCGCCGAAACACUGGUUUCCUUCCUUCAAUCGUUGAGAGACGGAAUCGUCCCUGCUGGGCCCUGGGCCGAGGUCGAGAGAAGACUGAGCACUUUGGAAAAGGGAAAGACACAGCUGACACCACAAGAGAUUCAGGAUAUGGUCAUGGAUGCAGUGUCUUCUUCUGCGGUGCACAGCGUGUCGCUGACGUUUAUCACCUUCUUGCUCGUCAGAAUCGUCAACGAAAUGAUGAUGAACAGUGCUCCGGCGCCUGGAUCGGCCACGCCGACCACGCCGACCUCGUCACAUCGCACCUCCUUUGGGCGGUCGAGGGCGUCCACCGUCUCCACCGACUCCGGACAUCGUCUUUCGACAACCACGUCGGAAGCACCCAGUAAGAGAAGCCUCUUCCCGGCACUACGUCGACGGCGCACAAACAGCGUGUCGUCUUCGUCUGCGAAGUCAGAGGCGGGCACGGAGGUGGAUGGGGCGGUUGCGGUUACAGAGCGACGAAAGAAGCUUGUUGACGCAUACCUCGAGGUAUUUGCGCCCGUGGUCUUUCGGGCUGAAACCGAGGCAAGGCUCAAAGGGAAAGACAAGAAGGCGUUGGAUGCUCGCAAGAAGCGAAUCCUCGAAGCGUUUCUCAGUGAGAAGCAAUUUUGA